UGCAGCCUUCCAACCUGGCUUAAACUGCUACACGUUUUUUGUGAAUGCAUUAACUGGGCGCCCGGCUCGGUGGGAAUAGACUGAUUUCACCAUGGACAGCGACGGAAGGAAGGUGGUGGUCUGUGACAACGGGACAGGCUUUGUCAAGUGUGGCUUUGCUGGCUCCAACUUCCCCGAGCACAUCUUCCCUGCCUUGGUGGGGCGGCCAACAAUCAGAUCAAACACCAAAGUCGGCAACAUCGAGAUAAAGGACCUGAUGGUUGGCGACGAGGCCAGCGAAUGUCGCUCCCUGCUGGAGGUGUCAUAUCCCAUGGAGAACGGCAUGGUACGCAGCUGGGAAGACAUGCUUCAUCUGUGGGACUACACUUUUGGCCCCGAGCGCCUCGACAUCAGCCCUCCAGACUGCAAGGUGCUGCUAACGGAGCCUCCCAUGAACCCCAUCAAGAACCGUGAGAAGAUCACAGAGGUCAUGUUUGAGACGUACCAGUUCCACGGCAUCUACGUGGCGAUUCAGGCUGUCCUCACUCUUUAUGCUCAGGGUUUGCUUACUGGUGUGGUGGUCGACUCGGGUGAUGGUGUGACCCACAUCUGUCCAGUAUAUGAGGGCUUUUCGUUACCCCACCUCACUCGCAGGCUGGACAUAGCAGGACGUGACAUCACACGCUACCUCAUUAAGCUGCUGCUCCUACGAGGCUACGCCUUCAACCACUCGGCAGACUUUGAGACGGUGCGCAUGUUGAAGGAGAAGCUUUGCUAUGUGGGCUACAACAUCGAACAGGAGCAGCGCCUCGCCACUGAGACCACCGUGCUGGUCGAGUCAUAUACGCUGCCUGACGGCCGACAGGUAAUGGUGGGGGGAGAAAGGUUCGGGGCCCCUGAGGCCCUUUUCCAGCCUCACCUCAUCAAUGUGGAGGGAGCAGGAGUAGCAGAGCUGCUGUUUAACACCAUCCAGGCUGCUGACAUUGACCUGAGGCCUGACUUCUAUAAGCACAUCGUGUUAUCAGGAGGAACCACCAUGUACCCCGGCCUGCCAUCCAGACUAGAGAGAGAGAUUAAACAGCUCUACCUGGAGAGGGUGCUGAACGGAGACACUCAGAAACUAUCGAAGUUUAAGAUCCGUAUCGAGGACCCUCCCCGGCGUAAACACAUGGUUUUCCUGGGCGGUGCUGUGCUGGCCAACAUCAUGAAAGAUAAGGACUCCUUCUGGCUGAGCAGGGCAGAGUACCUGGAGAAAGGCCUGAGUGUGUUGGACAAACUGGGGGGCGGGGUCAGAUAAGAACUGGGAAAUUUAAUGGCCAAUCAAAAGCAAGAGUUUAUUCUGGCCAAUGAAACGGGACAUCUGGAGUCACUCUAGCCCCGUGAGGUCCCAAAUAAAGAGUGCAUUGGACUGUUUUGUCACCCAUGGCUAAGAGUUCCAACAAUUUUGAUGUUACCGUGACGCAUGACUUUAAACCUGUCAAAUAAUUCAUUUGGUUUUAAAGGCAGAAAACAAACAUUUACUUUAUUCCAGUCAUUUAUAUUAUUCCAUUUCAGAGACAAUCCUUGCCAAAGGAAUAUCAGACAGCAACGGCAUGCGGUUGUUUUGGGUUGCUUUUGUUUGCCAUUUGAACCAUGCCAGCUUGUACUCUUUUCAUAAAUGACAUGCAAGGCAUUAGUGUUCAACAGCCCCGAUGUAAUGUCAGAAAUGAUAUUAAAUUGAGUUUUACUGCAAAUUCUAAGCACAUAAAAUGAACAAUGUCGUCCGUCCUUACUACAUAACUGCACUGUGGGGGGAAAAGAAAGCACAUAUGAAUAGCUACUGAACUAUGAGCGAUUAUCAAGA